AACUUAUCACUAGCUUUACGCGGCAAUGCAACCUAACCUAACCUAACCUUUUCACAGACAAAUCACAAAAAAAAUGAUAUUAUACCUGUAGUAUGUAUGUGAAUCGAGGCCGUUUUUUUUUGAGGUUAUCACGCGCAACGCUUGUCACCUGCAAUAAGUUGCGUUGAAUACCGUCAAGUAUCACACGAUGGAAGUGAAACGCCCAAUUUAUAUUUGUUCCCUGAUUUUAAUUUUUUAUUUUUCAACCGUUAUUUGCGAAAUCGAGCCGCGUUAUGACGAGAAACUUCAAUUACUCGCGACAUCGACGAAAUCGCCAGAAUUUGUGUCCGAGAAGCCGCAGGAUAGAUUAGGCUUUUUGCAUGCUUUCAUAGCAUCUUUGUCGGUGAUCGUGGUAUCGGAAUUAGGCGAUAAGACAUUCUUUAUCGCUGCUAUAAUGGCAAUGAAACAUCCAAGAUUAACUGUAUUCGCUGGAGCGAUAAGUGCCCUUGCACUAAUGACUAUUCUAUCAGGUACCAUUAAUAUAUAUAUAAACACACUUUUUCAACAAUUUUAUGGAAAUUAUUCUCUCUCUCUCUCUCUAACUAGUACAAUGCUCUUGAUAUUUUCAGUGACCAUUAUUGGUGGAGUGGUAUUUUUAGUAUUUGCCCUAACGGCGCUUUUCGUCAAUCCCGUGGAAGACGUUUGAAGAUCAUCCUUAACUUACUCCGAAAAUUUCUACCAGUAUUUACUUUCUGAACUUUGUAUAUCGUGUAUCAUAUUGCAUAUGAGCGUAUUGUAUAUUUGUGUACAGUAUGAUUCUAUACUCAUCUUUUUACAGAAUCACAACGUUAACUAAGAAUUGGCCAGUUCCGGCCAAAGAACUGUCUUCUUAAUAAAUGUGGUAGAUAAUACAUAUAUGUAUAUGCAUAUAUACAUAUACAUAUACUUAUAUAUAGAUAUUUGUGAAUAUAGCAAUGGAAAAUAUAUCUUAAUUGACAAUUAGAUAUUAUAUUAAUGUCUGUGCAAAUGUACAUAAAAUUAUCAGUAUUAAUUGCAAAAAUCAUCAAGAUGCCGCGUAUUUAUAUCAAAAUUAGAAAAUUUUAUUAUUAUUUCAUUAUUGUUAAAAUAUGUUCUAUAUAUAAAACAAACAUAAUUUAAUCAUAUUUUGAAUAGUUUUGACUAGUAUAACGAUAACUGAUAAUAUCAAUAUAGAGCAUUUAGAGCGUGGAAAUCCUUGCAGUACAAUGAUACUUUAAAUUUGCAUAUCUAAUUUGUCGGCUUAUACAAAUAUGAAAUAUAUUACUGAGUCGUACUUCAUACGUAAUAAUUUUACCGUUUCUAUUUAUAUAUAUCAUUUGUAAGAUAUUGAAGAAAAGUGGUUUUUUAUCAUAUAGGGGGGAAGAGAGAGGACAAAAUGAUAUAACAUAAAGGGGGAAAAAAAAAAUAAAACAUACUAACAAACAAAAUAAUAUUGUACAAAAAUAAUGCUGUAUAAAUGAGACUUGAUGAUGAAACAGAAAGAAUGUAAUAAAAGGAAUGUUCAUUUUUUUUAAAUUAAAUAAAUAGAAAAUAUAGAUAGAGUUUAUAAGUUACUAUCAAUAUGCGAUAUCGAGAGAAACUAUUUAGAGAAGUCUAUUUUAAUUAUGUAUUGUAAAAGAGAAGCUUAUAAUAUAUUGAAAUAAAUAAAUAUUAUAAAAUAGGAAUAUUAUAAAUAUUGAAUUGUUCCAUAUGGAAAUCACAAAGUAAUGUAUGAGUUUCCUAGUGUUUCCACAAAUUUGUAAUGUGAUUUAGAAAAUCGUAAAAACUAAAAACAAAAGAAUGUUUUUCUAAACCUGUAAUUUUCGAAAUCCAACAUUUCAUAUGCAAAACGAUUUGAUAUGGAAUAUUGUAGACAGACGAAAAAAAAACCAUUCAAGAGUUUGUGUCCAUAUACAAGUUCUCUUUCCUUGUGAAACACACGUUUUACAGUUUUGUCGAAUAUCACUUUUAUUAGUGCAUAUAUAUACAUGUUCUAUUUACACUACAGAAUAUGUCUUCGGAAAAAGCGGUAAGUUCUCAAAUAUAGCAAUUUCGAGUCGUAUACUCGUAAGAUAUUCAGAUAGUAAAGCACAUCCUAAUUUUUUUUUUUGUUAUUAGCUACGCUCUCUUCUGUUUUACUUUUCGGGAUCAAUAAUAGAAAUGGUGGAUACAUUUUUCAUCGUUGAGCCAUAAAAAACUUGUAACUUAAAAAUUUUUUAGUCACAAGUAUCUCUACAAUGAUAAUUUAAUACAAUAAAAAAAUAAUUGCAUUAUAACUUUAAUCGUACUUUGUGCGUGUGUAUAUAUGUGUGUAUUUUUCGUUAUUACAAAUACUUUUUGUAGUAUAAUAAUUAAUUUAUAUAAUUCGUAUAAUUUUUAGAAUUUAUGUGAUUAAGGUAAAUAACAUAUAAUUUAAUUUAUCAUAAGUUAAUUCGUAAUGGACAAAUAAUUUGUGUAAAACUAUAGUAUUGUCAGUAAAUACGUAUGUAAUUCGUUAACUCGUGAGAUUUAGUUCGUUCAUUUGUAACCGAGAUAUUAUUAAAAUUGCUCGAGAUAUUUUUUAAAGUAAAAUUAUAUCGAUAUUGAAACUUUUAGUUGAAUAUUCGACAUGGAUUCUUUUUUUCUUUUUUAUCCCUGAAGAUUUACGUUUCCAAUUUUUGUAACUUUUUGAAUUUUUUAGUUAUGAGCUUUUUACGGCUCAACGUCACUUUAUUACAUCGAGCGAUGCUAUCUCCAUAAAUACUGAGAGGGAUAUGAUAGAGUUUUGCGUCUUAAUAAAUAAAACAUCGCUGUUAUUUUCGCGAAACCUCCUGUGUGUUUUUUUUUACCUUUCAUGUAAAAAGACGAUACUUAUUCUCCACAAUGGAAAUAAAUAUUUCUAAUAUUUUUGCAAUUGGAUUAUAAAGAAAUAAAAAAAAAAAAAAUAUUCGUUAUCUUUAUAGAUCUCUCGCUAUUUCGUGCGAUGAGAUACCACGAGAUAUAAAAAAUCGCAUUGAUAUCUAUCUGAAAAUUAAUAAUAUCUUGUAUUGCAAGAUUGCGUGCAAGAUUAGAUAGGAUAAUGUUCGUCUAAUGUUAACGCGCGAACUUUAUCAAUUUUUUUCUUAAAUGCAAUUUUCUCGGAUACAUCCGAAUAUUACAAAGUAUCGAAGAUGUUUAAUGACAUAUUGUCCAAAAACUUUUUUCUUUUGCUAGAAUGGAAGAUUUCGCAAAAAUAACGAUGACACAUAAUGAUAACAAAAUUGAUCGUUUUGAAAAAAAAAAAACGAACAAAUUUAUUUAGAGGACAAUGCAAAAUCUUAAGUUAAACAACAUAAAAUAAAAUCAGAUUGCGCGCGAUACAAUAUGAUGCUCGCGGAAUCUUGCAAACUUCGUAUAUAUACCGGGUACACCGGACUACAUAGUCGAGAUCUUACGUAAAUAGUAACAUUAUUAUCAACUAUACAUAACUGCUGAGGAAAAAGACAAAUCAUAUUCAUCAUUAACACGCACGCAACAUUAUCAUUAUAUUAUGGAAACGUAAUAUAAAACGCUGGAUCGUUACGAUGUACAAUGUCUGUUCGAUGUAGCGUAUAUAUCUAACGGCGCAACUACAUUAUCAUGUUCUACAUUUGUUCAAGUCUUCUGCUAACGAUAAAUUAAUGACAAAUGACCGAUAUUAAUUCAUCGAGAAUAAGUAAUCAGACUGUCUCGUACGAAAAAAAAAAAAAAAAAAAAAAAAAAAAAAA